AUGUCAGAGGGGGGUUCCCGACCCCACACAGUCACCUGUCCCGGUCCAGGACUCUUCAGGUCUCACCUGAUGGAUCGGGCUGUGGCCUCUGUGCUCUGCUUUGCAGUCUGUGUAGGACUGGAGGGGACGGGGGUCCUGUGGUCUGGUUCAGACCCCUCUGUGGUCCAUACCCACCCAGAACACAUCAACAUGGACCAGACAGGGAACAGGACUGUGGUUCUGCAUGAAUACAUGCUGUUUUUAUACCAGACACUGUCUGAGGUUCAACAAAGAGACAGGGAAUCCUUACGUGAUCCUGGAUUUGCAAAUACAGUGAGAAGUUUUGUGGACAAAGGAAAAGAUGAGGCUUCCUGGGAGAGCGGUCAGCAUUACAUGUUUGACUUAUCCACUCUAACUAGGACGGAUCAGCUGGUAGAAGCCAAACUGAGAAUCCUCAGAAAACCUCUGCCAGACCCCCUGGCUGUCCUAAGAACAGGAGGAAACCUUUACGUCAUCCGUCUGUACUCCUGCUCUACUGAAGACACCUCAGAGACAAAGCCUCUGGGUUCACACACUGUGGAGGCUUUGGACGGAGGUCUUCCCAGGUGGGAGGUGUUUGACGUUUUGUCCAGCAUGAGGGCUUAUCAGAAAAACCCCACACAACCAACACAGGCUUGUUUCUACCUUCUGGCCCUGUCUGAACUGACCAAUGAAAUGGUUGACCCCCUGCUCCUGGGCCUGGGUCGCCAUGCCCGCCCACCACAGGAUAAAGCUUUACUGGUGUCUUUCACACACGCAGACACACAUGGAAACCUGUUAACAGAGAUCAUGGACAAAAGGAGGACUGAGACAGGUGGGUUUAGGCUCACUAAACGUGUCCGAAAUACAGUUAAGCAUAAUAAGAAGCAGAGGGGACAGAAUAAAAGGGCCUUAUCCAAACGCUCCAGUAAGAAAACUGGGCGCAAGAAGCCUCGCUGCAGCCGUAAAGCCCUGAAUGUGAGCUUUAAAGACCUGGGUUGGGACGACUGGAUCAUCGCACCCCAGAAUUAUGAGGCAAACCACUGCGAUGGGGUGUGCGACUUCCCCUUGCGUUCACACUUGGAGCCCACCAACCACGCCGUCAUUCAGACUCUGAUGAACUCGCUGGACCCGGGCAUUAGUCCACCGAGCUGCUGCAUCCCCUCCAGGCUCAGUCCCAUCAGCAUCCUCUACGUCGACUCAGGCAACAACGUGGUCUAUAAGCAGUAUGAGGACAUGGUGGUGGAGAGCUGUGCAUGUCGGUAGCACCAUGGAAACCAGCCAAAAUAACUACCUGGACAGACUGAGAAAUAUCUGAAUCAAGUCCAGAAUAAUAACAGUAUCAAUACAAAACAUACCACAUCAUAGGUCAUAUACUAUAUGGA